UUUAAAAAGAAAAAAAGACGAAUAGAAAAAAUUUUAUUGAACGUUCACAAAAGUAGAAGAGUGUUUGCAGUAGAGGAGAAAAAAAACCCGACGAAAGAAAAAGAAAUAGUCAUUUUUUGUGUAUUUAACUAUAACGAUACGCAAAAAAUAACAUUAAAAAUUUGCACUUUCUUAACAAAGUGGUGAAGAAAGAAAGAAAUUUUAGAAUUUUAAUUGUUUAAAAGAGUUAAAAAAAGACAGUGAAAAAUGAAUGAAGAAUACGAUGCUAUUGUUUUGGGCACCGGCCUUAAGGAGUGUAUCCUAAGUGGUAUGCUUUCUGUAUCCGGCAAGAAAGUACUUCAUAUCGACCGCAAUAAGUACUAUGGUGGUGAAUCGGCCUCGAUAACACCAUUGGAGGAGCUGUUUCAACGUUUUAAUGUCGAGGUGCCCGGUGAUAAAUAUGGGCGCGGCCGCGACUGGAAUGUGGACUUAAUACCCAAGUUCCUGAUGGCCAAUGGCCAGCUGGUUAAAUUGCUGAUACAUACGGGCGUUACCCGUUACCUCGAAUUUAAGUCGAUCGAGGGUAGUUAUGUAUAUAAGGGAGGAAAAAUUGCCAAGGUACCCGUUGAUCAAAAGGAAGCCUUAGCAUCUGAUCUCAUGGGUAUGUUCGAAAAACGUCGUUUCCGCAAUUUCUUGAUCUAUGUUCAAGACUUCAAGGAAGAUGAUCCAAAAACCUGGAAAGAUUUCGAUCCAUCGAAAGCAAAUAUGCAGGCUCUAUACGAUAAAUUCGGUUUGGAUAAGAAUACACAAGAUUUCACAGGUCAUGCCUUGGCCCUGUUCCGUGACGAUGAAUAUUUGAAUGAGCCAGCCGUUAAGACUAUACAACGUAUUAAAUUGUAUUCGGAUUCAUUAGCCCGAUAUGGUAAAUCACCAUAUCUAUAUCCCAUGUACGGUUUGGGAGAAUUACCACAAGGUUUUGCCCGUUUAUCGGCCAUUUAUGGUGGCACUUAUAUGUUGGAUAAGCCCAUUGAUGAAAUCGUUUUGGGCGAGGGUGGCAAGGUAGUAGGUGUACGUUCUGGUGAUGAGAUUGCCAAAUGUAAACAGGUCUACUGUGAUCCCAGUUAUGUUCCCGAUAAGGUACGAAAGAAGGGUCAAGUUAUACGUUGCAUUUGUUUAUUGGAUCAUCCAAUUGGCAAUACUAAAGAUGCAUUAUCAACCCAAAUUAUCAUUCCACAAAAACAAGUCGGUCGCAAAUCAGACAUUUAUGUAUCAUUGGUCAGUUAUGCCCAUCAGGUCGCUGCUAAAGGCUGGUUCGUCGGUAUGGUUUCGACUACCGUCGAGACCGAUCAGCCAGAAAAUGAAAUUAAACACGGUUUGGAUCUACUAGAGCCCAUUGCACAAAAGUUCAUUUCGAUCUCGGACUAUUAUGAGCCGCUCGAUGAUGGUUCCGAUUCUCAAAUAUUCAUUUCGGAAUCUUAUGAUGCCACAACUCAUUUCGAAACCACUUGCCUCGAUGUAUUGGACAUUUUCAAACGUGGUACUGGUGAAGAUUUCGAUUUCUCUAAAAUCAAACAUGAAUUGGGUGAUGAAGAUCAGUAAAUCUUUAGAAACUGAUAGAAAUGACUUUUAGAAACAACAACAACAACAACAUUAUCAUCAUGAACAUAAAUUUUUAUUAGCGUGCAGUUAACACAGGGGAAUCAAAACUUGGCUAAACACAACAACAACAACAACACCACAGCAAACACAAAAUAUAUGGAAAACAAAGAGAAAUAUUGAAAUAAAUUGAAAAUUUAAAAAAAUGGUAUUAUGUAAAAUUAUGCAUUAUAAACAUAAAUAAAACAAACAAAACCAGAAGAUUUGCUUAGAAUGAAAACAUUAAAAAUAAAAACAUCAUUAAAAAAGAAUAAUAUUAAAUAAAAGCUUAACAAAAAAAUAUAAACAAAAAACUCAAUUAUAUUUAAAUAAAAAGAAAAAAAGCAAAAUAUAAAAGUAAAAAAAAACAACAUGUUUAAGAGAUUUUAUAAAAAAAAAACGAAAAGUAAAGCUCCCCCUCUCUGUCAUUAUUUCUCAACAACAACAACCCUGGUCCCCCUUGCCCUAUAACUCUCAAUCUGCAACAAUUCCAAGUAAAUAGAUUGUUAAACAGAAGAACUCUUUAAAUAAAAUAUUUAUAAAUAUAUUAAUAAAAUAUAAAAAAAUGUAUUGAAAAUAAA